AUGAUUUUAUUAAUUACCUUACUUUUCUACAUAAUCAAAAGCAAACCAAAUUUGUCAGGAUUUAUUGAGACAGACAUAGAAUAAGAGAUAAAGUUGGAUUACUCUGCAAAAGCAAAAAGUAUCAUAAUAAAAUUUAAUUUGCAAUCCUAAGACGCCUUAUGUUUAGUAUCCUAAACUAGUUUAGAUCUAGUUUAAUUAACAGAAUUAACAGAUUUAACAAAGUCAAAAAGCUAAUCAUUUAGCUACGAUUAUCAAAGCUAUUUAGCUAACAGUACUUAUCAAUUAGUAGAAAUAUAGUUUUAAACUCUUAUUUAUAUGAGAUGUUUAGAAACUAAUUACUCAAAUGAAAAAAGCUUUUAUGAAUUGUAUAUUUCAGAAAAUCCUUAUAUUGAGACUUGUAAUAAUGAUUGUAAUGGUUACGACUAUCCUGUUAUCAAAAACUCUGUUUGUGUAUCUAUGUAAUGUAAUUGUUUAGAUUAAUCAUUUGGGCUUUAUUGCCAAUUUUAAUCAAUUACGAUAUAUAGCAAUAUUUUAUCUAAAUUAUAAAUAGAAUCUCAUCAAUGGAUAUACUUAGAAUAUGAAUUAAGUACAACUAAUUUAGAAUUUUAAUGUUUGUCUCUAGAAGAAGAUGUAUGUAAAUAUAAAUUUAAAUUAUUCAAGAUUAUAGUUUAGUUUUUAAGUAAACACCUUAAGUUAAAAUUCCUACUUUGUAAAACAGCAAAAACUUAUAGUCUAAAGUAAAUGUAUAAGAAUAAUUAAUAACUAAUUAAUCAAAUUUUAAUGUUGACGUAAUCUAUAUUGGUCUCUACAAUAAUCAAACUAACCCUAUUGAAUUACAAUUUAAAAUUGUUACAUAUUAUGAAGAUGAUCAGUCUCUUUAUGAGCGUAAUAAAAUAAUUAUUAUCAUAACUGUUUGUGUUAUUGCCGCUCUUCUAUUAUUUACAAUAGGGUUAUCUGCAUUAAGAACUAGAAAAAAAAGAUUAAUUCGAAAAUAAGUAUAGGAAGCUAUUCGCAGGAAUUUAAAUUAAUAAGGAAAUAUAGAUUAACAAUCUCCUUUUAGAUAAGCAAAUCCAUCUAUUUAUAAAGGUAUAUAUACUCAUUAUUAUAUUAUGAAGGUUUCUAAAUAAGAUUUAUUAAGGAUCAUUUUAAAGCAAAUUAUUAUAAUAAAUUUAUUACAACUUAUCCUGGAUUAUCAUAAUUCGAAGAAUGUGCAGUUUGUUUAGAAUCAAUGAAGAAAGCUAAUAAUAAAUUAUAAAAUGUUUGUGCUGUGACUCCUUGUUUUCAUAUUUUCCAUUAUAUUUGUCUUUAAGAAUGGUUGCUUAGAUAAAAAAAUUGCCCAUUUUGUAGAACUGAAUAUACUAGAAAAAAAAUUAUAUAAGAUUAUCCAUGGUUAGAUAUUGCAAAUUUAUAAAUCAAAAAUACUGACUCAAAUUAUCUUUGUCGUAUCAAAAAUUAAAUAGAAAGUGUUAAUGAAAGUCGUAUAGAAUUAACUAACCAUUAAUAAUUAGAUUAAAUUAAUCAAUUGUAGGAAGUUAAAGAUUGA